AUGAGCGCGUACAGACGCCCGUUCUCCAGGAACGCGCUCGCGUCCGAUGGCGCCAGCGCGUCGGCGUCGUCGAGGAAGAAACAAAUGUCGCUACCGAGCGAAUUGUGCGUGAAGAUUCACACCGACAAGGUGGACGUGGGGUGUCUCAAGCCGUGGAUCAACGACAGGAUCACUGAACUCCUCGGCGUCGAGGACGAAGUUUUGAUCGACAUGAUCUCGGUGAUGUUGGAGGAGUCCGCGGUGCACAAGGACGGGGGGCACAUGCUGAGGCAACUGGAAAGUUUUCUAGACGUCAACGCGCUUACGUUCGUCGUCGAGCUCUGGACGCACCUGGCGAGCGCGCAGGAGAACGCGAAGACGUCCGAGACGGGUAAAGGGGUGCCAUCGAAAUUUUUACGCGACGUAGAGGCGGAGCGCGCGCGAGCGGACGCGGCGUACGAGCGCAUGCGAAGCAAUCGGGAGCGUUACGAGCAACGCGGUCGCGCGCCGAAGCCGUACGACAAGCCGAGAGGGCGCGACGGGCGAGGACCGAGGCACGAUUCGCGUGAACCGCGUCGUCGAUCGAGAUGGGAAGGGGAGCGGAACGGCGUGUCAGGGGCCGAUGCAAAGUAG